AUGGGUACGACAUUAAGUUCGAAGAAAGAUUUUAAUCGUGUACUUGCCCAACAGCCAAUAGCAUCAAUUACAAUACCACGUUUUGACUUAUUGCAGGCUACCCAAAGCGAAACGUCAAUCGGCCCCAUACCAAAUCCUAUUCCUGAACUAAUUUCGAAACCGGCGGGCCAGCGUGAAGAUGAAAUUGAGCUUUCAUGGGGUGUUGAUUCUUUUGUGAAUACAAGCUCACUAUAUCCGGAUCUAUCCUAUAUUUUCCUCAAUCAAAUUCCACCAAAACACAUGGAUAACGAUCCACCGAGUGACCGUACAACAAACAAUAACACUGCUAUCAUUUCUCGCUCAGUCACCGAUGAAUAUGAUCAGAAUACGAUUGGCAAUGAUUGUACCUCUUGUGCUCAACCAAAAAAUCCCAUAAUUGAACGAAAUGGAAAACAAUUUGUUGCGAGAGUCAAACAACGAACUGAACGACGUUACGUGGAAUACUUGGACGAAAGUACACAGAAAAAGAGAUUGUUCGAGGUGAUUGAUUAUGUACCUUACCGAAUAGUGGAACCAUAUAAAAACCAAUCGCAAAUCAGUCUAGAACAGGAAUCAUUUCCAACGACAUUUCAACCAUCGCGCCGUUCAAAUCGUGCAGCUACGACUCUGCCAACAACUGCAGAUAAUCUAUCGGAUGUGUCAACCUCCGAUGAGAUUGAAUACUUUUCUGAAACUGAUUCUUUUGAGUUCGACGAUCAAGAAUACGAAACAAUUCGUCCAGAAGAUAUCAAUCGAGCACGAAAUAUAAACACCAUUGACGAUGCUUACGAACGAAAUAGAGAUAUAUAUCAUGAAGUUGUCGGUAGGUAUGAGUUACCAGCAACAAUUCCAAAUCCAUCCACUAUGUCAAUAAAUCCUGAUUUUCAACAUUAUCGUCAUUCAUCAUCUGACAUCAGUCAGUACAUUUCAAAUCUCCCGUAUAAUCAAACAAAUUUAAAUCAAAAUCAUCUUUAUACCCAUAUAAAUAAUAAUGUGUCCUAUAUUUGA